CAGACACCUGUCUUCAAUCACCCGCGUAUGGCGUCUAGGAUCGUUGUAAACACUCUGAGGGCUUCAGCCCGGCCACGAGCCCUCCCUACCGUUACUCGUGCGGUCAAUGCCCGUGCCAUGAGCUCCUCGAAUCCUCCGCCCUCCGAACGCGCCUCCGAAAUUAUCAACAACUUGCCCUCUUCUCAGAAUCUCGUCACGAAAACCGGGACGGUCAUCCUGGGUACUGGUUUGCUUGCCACGGCCAUUUCGCAAGAGCUCUACGUACUUAACGAGGAGACCGUUGUUGCCGCUGGAACUUUUAUUCUUCUCGCGUUCCUUGCCAAGCUUAUUCGAGAACCUUACAAGGAGUGGGCGGAUGGACAUAUACAACGUAUUUGGGGUGUGCUGGAGAGUUCUCGUGCAGAGCAUACUCAAACCGUUAAGGACCGCAUCAACUCCGUUGAGCAGAUGAAAGACGUUGUAUCUCUGACCGAGGGCCUCUUUGCUCUUUCCAAGGAGACGGCAAAGCUUGAAUCUGAGGCAUUCGUGCAACAGCAGAAGGUUGCUCUCGCAUCUGAGGUCAAGGCAGUUCUGGAUAGCUGGGUUAGGUUUGAACAGCAAGCUAAGGAAAGCGAGCAGACGGAGCUUGCCAAAAGCGUCAUCGACAAAGUUCUAAGUAGCAUCAAAGAUGAGAAGACGCAGAAAGAAAUUCUGGCUAAUGCUGUUGCGGAAGUUGAGCAAUUGGUGAAAAACAAGGCGAUCUAGAGUCGCCGUCUGACCAUGGCGGACUUAGAUUAUAUCACUAUCUCCUUUUUUAAGUGAGAACGCCUUGUGAGGGGUGUUUCUUGCGCUCUACGUACUUGAUAGAUGUAGUACACCCCGCCUGAAGAUAUUUCAUGUGCUCACUGAAUGUUGAGGAUUGAAUAUUGAAUAUUGAAACUUAAUCCAACCGUGA